AGUCCUAAUGUUAGUUGAUAUAUCCGUAUAAGUAUACCAGUAUGGUAAUUAAUUAUGUAACAAAUAUUUUAUAAAUAACAGCUCUGAAACACGACCAUUGUCAAGUCUUUUUUUUCCCAAAAAGAUAAAGUUAUAUUUAUAUAAAAAUGUCUUUUACUCAUGAAGGUAAUGCAGGUAACUGGCCUGUAUAACUAUUUUCACACGGAUGUACUUGUUGUUAGCUCUGGAUGCUUGCAGGUACAGGGGCAUGCUAGUGGUGACCUUUCAAAUGUUUGGCUUAAGGUACCGCGGCACGUCACAUCGCAGACGACCCGUUUGUUUACUUCUGUUGUUCUUAACCUGGUCAACCCUGGGGCAAUGUCAGCGCUACGAAGAGGAAAGCAGACGAUCGGAUGGUCACGCGUCAUACGACCAACCACCCAGAAGAACAAGAAGACCUCCUCUAGCCAGUGACCCACCAAUCACAGACGAAGGUCUGCUGAACACGUUUCCUGGCUUGUUCCAAACUUCGAAUGAAAUUGAAGGUCAGACGAUCCAGAUGGGUGCAACUGGAGCAAGACUUCCUCUGGCGUCAUACCAUGGCUGUUGUUCUUCAGAACCCAAAAUGGACACUUACAGUACAUUGUCAGACCCACUGGGGACUGCUGUGAGUUUAGUCCAAGUAGGACAGAGAAGUCAAUACUUCCCUUCAGAGACUUGCAGACGAGAAAUCAACUGCUCUGCAUGUAGCUGCUCCUGUACAAUGGUGAACCAGACCCUGACGGCACUGGUCUACCAACCUGGAUCCACAAGGGAGAUAAUGUUUAGCUUGGUACGAGUGCCCACAUUCUGCAGAUGUAUGAACAAUUUGGCCAUUCCUUAAAAAUCAAGUGACCAAUGGCUGCUCUGGACGAUAAAAAACGCGGGAAACCGACUGACAUUAAAAUUCACGACAAGGAGCCUUCAGUUGCAGACGUCACGCGUUUUUAUAGUUUUUUUUUUUAAAUAAAUUGUAAAUCACGUGGGCAUCUAAAAUCAAAAUAAUAAAAGAAUAAUAAUAAUCAUAACAACAAUAAA